AUGGAUCAAGACAUGGUAGAGUUGGUGCUGAGGAGCCGGUCCAAGAUCGUGUUCAGCAACAGCGAGUCUGGCCUGCCCUCUCUGGCUCUUGACGCAGAGACGGUGGAGGCCUUCACCCUGGAGAAGUUCAAGGAGCUAAUUGCCACCCAUGCAGGAGAAGGAAAGGACUUUAUCAUUGCCGAAGUGACAACGAGAGACCCCACGACGGAGUUUGUCUUCAGAAGCUACUACUCCGCAGUUGAGCUGAAUAGAAUUCUCUUUUGUGUUGAGGAUAACAACAAUCUUUUGUACAGGGUGAUGGCUAAGAAUCCAAUAAAUAACCUUAAGAUCACCGGAAAGGUCUUCUACUACAAGGUGACGCCCGAGAUCUUGGCCAGAGCAGCGAAUUCAAGCUCUGGCGAAUGUGCCUGGGGACAUGAAAUGGUGAUCAUGGCAGACUACUUUGCUAGCGACGAGGACCUACUCUUUGACCCAUCGGUGAGAAGGUAUUUUGCUCGGAACUUUGUCAAGGAAGAGUAUUUUGUACAUAGACUCGGGCAUGCAGAAAGCCCCGUGGUGAUUUCUGAGGACCUGCUCGAGAACUACCGUGAUGACAAGUUCGGCCUCAAGAUCAUACUCUACACAAACAUAGGCACGAUACUUGUUGUUUUCGGAAUGUGCAUGCUUCUCGGGUCCAGAGAGACCUUUAUUGUUGCAAUAGCUCCUCUCUCGAUGACUCUCCUUUUCUCCAUUCUCUUCCUGGUUCUCUAUGUCCUGCUUUUCGAGACUCCAGAAACCCUUACAUCGAUAUUCAACUUCAGAAAGGUCCGAUCCAGGCAUGAAGCAACUAAUUAA